GUUGCCUUAAGUAAAGACCCUUUUUAUAGGUCAGUGAGCCAUAUGAUGAUCUUUUGGCAGAUGCUGAGGGAACGAGGGAGGUUGGAUGUUUUCCGCUGCAAGGUUCAAUGCCUCCAGUUAGAGGACUCAGGCUGUGACCACAGGGGCUCCACGGGACAAGCAGCUGCCUCCGAACAGUGUGGCAACAAAGGCAGCUGCCUCCAAAAAGUGUGGCAUCAAAGGCAGCUGCCUCCAAACAGUAAUUCACUCAGAGAAGCAGAGCAGCUUUGUAAUUAUGUGGUUUGUGACAGUUUGUUGACUCCACAGUCUCGGUUGUCUUCGUCGUGUCUGUUGCUCCAGAAUAAAGUAUGGAGUCUCCCAGUGUAACCUCAGUGGUCCUGCUGGCCUGCGGCUCCUUCAACCCCAUCACCAACAUGCACCUGAGGAUGUUUGAACUGGCUCGAGAUCAUCUGGAAGACACAGGUCAGUACAAGGUGGUGAGUGGCCUCAUCUCUCCUGUGGGCGAUGGCUAUAAGAAGAAGGGUUUGAUUGAGGCCUCCCACCGUCUGGAAAUGGCCAGAUUGGCCACAGAGAACUCAGACUGGAUCACUGUAGAUUCCUGGGAGAGCUUGCAGCCUGAGUGGGUGGAGACGGUUGAAGUGAUUCGGCAUUACUAUGAGAAACUGCUCGAGACACAGCAGAAAUGCGACGAGACGGACACCUAUGAAGCUUCAUCCCCUCAGAACAGGAGCGACGGCCCUCAGCUGAUGUUGCUGUGUGGGGCUGACUUCCUGGAGUCCUUUGGGGUCCCCAAUCUGUGGAAGCAGGAGGACAUCGAUGAGAUCGUGGGUGGCUAUGGUUUGGUCUGCAUCACUCGCACUGGCUACGACCCGCACAAGUUCGUCCACAAGUCGGACGUGCUGUGGAAGCAUCGCAGAAACAUCCACUUGGUCCACGAGUGGGUGACCAACGACAUCUCCGCCACUCACAUGCGUCGGGCUCUUCGUCGAGGUCAGAGCAGCGGGAACCUGCUGCCAGACACCGUGGUGAGCUACAUUCAACAGAUCGACCUCUACAGUGCAGAGAGCGAGCAGAAAAACGCUGAUGUGGUUCUUGCACCGCUUCAGAGAAACUCGGGGCAUCCUCAAGCUGAGGCAUUUACUGCUGCAGCUGCAAAAACAGAAGUGUGAGCUGUUCACACUGAC